AUGUUUGUCGCCUCCACGUGGUUCGAGAUGGAAACAUAUUAUUGUCACGUGCAUUUCGAUCAAUGCAAUCAAGCUCUACAAUAUUAUGGCCAAAGGACAACAAAAAAAGCCCACAAUCUUCGGCCGGAAAGAUCGAAUGAAGGUGCUGAUUGGCCAAAACCGGGCUGGAAACCCGUGUUACCUGGAUUUGGGCAUCAAUUUCCAAAAGACAGCAAAAAUAUAGAAAAUUGGAUGGAUCUUACGCUGGCGAUCAACCUCCGAAGGGCUCAAGGCAUCCAGUCCGAGGAGGCGCCAGUUGCUGCCGGGGUGCCGCUGGAAACGGAAUAA